AUGGCGUUCCGAUUCAGCACACUACCCCCUGCGAUCCUCGAAGAGUGUACCUUUCAUGUGGCGACCUCCUCUGGAUGGGACUCUUCUGCCGACCUCAGAAGCCUCCUGUCCGUUAGCCGUGGACUUGCCGCCACAUUGUCUCCCGCAUCAGCCCCUGAGCUCUACGCACGUAUAUUCUGUGCAUACUUCCCUGUCACCCACUUCAUCGCCCCAAGCCCUGCUCUCACCGAUGCAUCUCUGGCUGAGGAGCUUAUCGAAAGACUCCGCCUGGUCCAUAGGAUCCGGAGCUGUCGAUUCGAGGAGAAUACCAUCAGAGCAGAUAUGUGGCGUUUACAGCUCAUGAUUCUCGAGAGCAACGGGGCCACCAUCGAGUCGUUGCAAAGGGUCGGUAUAUCGAGCUUCUUGACUACCUUCCUGCAGACGCGGUUCUAUCCGGCGGGUCAUGGCUGGCCGUUAGCAGAUGAUGUUCGUUCUCUGGCUAUGUGGCUGGCGUGGUACACAUCCUCGGCCGAGUCAUUGAAAAGUGAAUCGCUGGAGACCCGAGAACAAGUCUUGACCCGGGUGCGACCAUUCGCAAUGGCCUGUCCUCAAAUGGCCUCGUCACUCAGGGCUUUCAGCUCGCUAUCGGAAGCCGGGGGGUUAUCUGAUAUAAAUGGACGCUCCGCCCAGCGCCUCUGCGCCGUGACCUCUUUUUCUCAGACGCUUACUCUAUCCUGCCCGGAUUUGUCGUCAGCGGCGAUACUCCUGACGUUUGCGAGAAAAAAUGCCCUGGUAGUGCAUAUCCCGCAGCACCUCAACAGAGGAAUGGUAUCCCAGGGCACGGGGCCGACGUACAAGGACUGCUAUCAGUUUCAAGCACAGUCGAUCGUGCUGCUCAGGUCUCCUAGCGUCCUCCGGAAUCAAACCCUAGUGUCGAACGGGCGCGGUCAGUCGCUUGGGCAGGGGGAGUGCGAAUGCGAUCUCCGCCGGCUCUUCAUAGGCGUCGGGCAUCGGGAUAGCGAGGAAUCGGCGCCGGAGAGACCGCUCUAUCUCCUGGGCAAGUUGACCGGAUCUUGGGUCGGUAAGAUACUUGUCGCGCCCCCCAUGGCCAUUUCCAGCGCCGCCUCUGCCGCUCAGCUGCCGGAUUUUAUAUGCCAGCGACCCUUACGAUGUAACAUCCGCGAAUACCUCCGACAUGAUUCCAGUACCGAAAUAUCUCAGCGCGCGGACCGCUGGUGCCUAAAUGACGAAAAUGCCCUUUCGUUCUGUCAAGAUAUCCAACGUUUUCGCGUGGUGCAUGCCCAAGAUAGUAUCGAGCUCCAUGAGAAGACUUCAGGACAGAUUCAGAGAUACAGCCUUGCAGAAGGUGGCGCGCGAGUCACUCGGUCAGGCUGGCCCGCAGACGUCCUGAUCGCGGGAGAAACUGACGCGGAGCACGAUCGGGCGUGGGGCGCUUUCGUGUACAUUGGUAAGGUGCGGGUUCGCGACGGGUGGGUCGUCCUCAAGAGGCAACCAAAACGGCCAAACGACGAGUCCCAGCCUGAGUAUGGCUCAUGGGUGUUUGAAGGAUACGUACACGCCGGGUCGUCGUUUGUUGGUCGGUGGCGUCCAGAUCCGACUUUGGACGCCUCUGGCAAUUGCGAAGGCAUUUUUCAGCUCAAGAAAGGGGCUUGA